GGAGGAAGAGCCUCGCCCUGUGCCUGCAGCGGAUGCAAGAGGACGACGAUGGCCCUUACUCGAAGGGGAGCAAGGACUCUGGUGGGAUGGACGCAGCCCUGGUCUCCAGGAGGCAAAGCAUCCCAGAGGAGUUCAGAGGGGUCACCAUCGUGGAGCUGAUUAAGAAGGAAGGAAGCACCCUUGGGUUAACCAUUUCAGGUGGCACAGACAAAGAUGGAAAGCCAAGAGUCUCCAAUUUGAGGCCAGGAGGACUGGCUGCAAGAAGUGACCAGCUGAAUGUUGGGGAUUACAUCAAGUCAGUGAACGGCAUUAACCUGACCAAGCUGCGGCACGAUGAGAUCAUAAGCCUGCUGAAAAACGUGGGCGAAAGGGUAGUGCUGGAAGUAGAGUACGAGCUUCCGCCAGCCGUGCCAGAGAGCAGUGCUGGCAUUAUUCCCAAGACCAUCGAGGUGUCCCUCUACAAGGAAGGCAACAGCUUUGGCUUUGUGCUGAGAGGGGGAGCCCAUGAAGACUGGCACAAGUCCAGACCGCUUGUGCUCACCUAUGUGAGGCCGGGUGGCCCAGCAGACAGGGAGGGGUCCUUGAAAAUUGGGGACAGGCUGCUGAGCGUUGAUGGGAUCCCUCUGCACAGCAUGACCCACGCUGAUGCCCUCAACAUCCUGCGGCAGUGCAGCCAGGAGGCACUCUUCCAGAUCGAGUAUGAUGUGACUAUCAUGGAUACUGUAGCAAAUGCUUCAGGUCCUUUACUAGUUGAAAUAGCAAAGACUCCGGGGUCUACGCUAGGAAUCACACUGACGACAACCAUGCACCGGAACAAGCAGGUCAUUGUUAUUGACAAGAUCAAGCCGGCCAGCGUGGUGGACAGAUGUGGCGCGUUGCAUGUUGGUGACCAUAUUCUCUCCAUUGAUGGCACGAGCACAGAGCACUGCUCCUUAUUAGAGGCAACUCAGCUUUUAGCUGCCACUUCGGAAAAUGUCAAGCUAGAGAUAUUACCUGUUCACCAAAGCAGGCUGCCUUUGAAGCCUCCAGAAACAGUCAAGGUGCAGAAGAGUGACCACCACCACUGCUGGGACCCCUGUGUCAACUACUGUCACACCCACCAUCCCGGGCACUGCAAGACACCCACUUGGAACCAGACGUCUGGACAGGAUUACUGCAAAUCUCUGGUGGCUGCCAACUUCUCGUCUCCCACCAUGAAUGCGCAGGGCUUCCCCUGCCAGAACUCGAACACGCUACCUCGCAGCUCCCACCCCAUGAGCCCCCGCACCACCAUGCUGAGGAGGAGGCAGAAGAAGAAGGAGCACAAGAGCUCACUGUCGCUGGCCUCCAGCACGGUGGGUCCUGGCGGGCAGAUAGUCCACACGGAGACGACAGAGGUGGUGCUCAGGGGAGACCCUUUGAAUGGCUUCGGACUUCAGCUCCAGGGAGGCAUCUUUGCUACUGAAACCCUGUCUUCCCCACCUCUCGUCCGUUUUAUUGAGCCCGACAGCCCGGCAGAGAGGUGUGGGCUGCUACAAGUAGGAGACAGAGUCCUUUCUAUCAACGGCAUUGCGACUGAGGACGGAACUAUGGAGGAAGCUAAUCAGCUUUUGCGUGAUGCCGCGCUCACGAACAAAGUGGUGCUCGAGAUUGAAUUUGAUGUCGCAGAGUCUGUCAUACCCAGCAGUGGUACUUUCCACGUUAAAUUGCCCAAGAAAAGAGGUGUAGAGCUUGGAAUUACAAUCAGCUCUGCAAGCAGAAAGCCUGGGGAGCCUUUGAUCAUCUCCGACAUCAAGAAGGGGAGCGUAGCGCACAGAACUGGCACCUUGGAGCCGGGAGACAAGCUGUUAGCCAUUGAUAACAUCCGACUCGACAAUUGCUCAAUGGAGGAUGCUGUGCAGAUUUUAAGGCAGUGUGAAGACCUGGUCAAAUUGAAGAUUAGGAAGGACGAAGAUAACUCUGAUGAGCAGGAGACAACCGGUGCUAUUAUCUACACAGUGGAACUGAAGCGAUACGGCGGCCCCUUGGGAAUAACCAUCUCUGGGACGGAGGAACCUUUCGAUCCCAUCGUCAUUUCAGGCUUGACUAAACGAGGGCUGGCAGAAAGAACUGGGGCCAUCCACAUCGGUGACCGGAUAUUAGCGAUUAAUAAUGUGAGCCUCAAGGGCAAACCGCUGAGCGAAGCCAUUCACCUGCUGCAGAUGGCGGGAGAGACGGUCACUCUCAAGAUCAAGAAGCAGACGGAGAAAUCCUAUCCCAAGAAGUCGGGGAGUAUAAACGAAGUGAGUGACCCAGAAGAUGAACUGACGGACUCCCAGAAAACUAGCAAGCUGUCUGAGAUAUACUCCACCACAAUUCCUAGCGUGGACAGUGCUAUGGAGUCCUGGGAUGGCUCUGGCAUUGAUGCUGGGUAUGGAAGCCAAGGUACGUACAUACCUCAGGCUGUGGGCAUAGCCCUCCAUCCACACGAAUGGAGACACAGUAGGCAAAAGAGCAGCACCCCUCCGGGGGACCCCAGGAAAAACUACCCCUACAUGGAUGGAAGCUUCAGUGAAGAUGACUGGGACAAGCCCAGCAGAUACCCCAACCGCCAAAAUGGCCUUGAGACCACUCACGAGGAUAGUUUUUGGCGUGUUUUUGGAGAAGCUUUGGAGGAUUUGGAAACAUGCGGCCAGUCUGAACUUUUGAGGGAGAUUGAGGCAUCCAUCAUGACAGGGAGUGUGCACAACCUGGGCCUGGAGGGCAGCAAGCUCAGCUCCCCUGCCAAGAAGAACGAGAGGAACCUGGACAUGAAGAAGAUCGAAAAGGAGAUGCAGGAAAUCAUGGCCCCUACCCCCCUUGAGUUUCACAAGAUGACACUCCACAAAGACCCGGAGAGCGAAGACUUUGGAUUCAGUGUGUCGGAUGGCCUGUUAGAAAAAGGUGUCUAUGUAAAUAUGGUCCGUCCGGAUGGGCCAGCAGAUCAGUGUGGCCUCAAGCCAUAUGACAGAGUGCUUCAGGUAAACCGCAUCCGAACGAGAGACUUUGACUGCUGUCUGGCUGUUCCCCUGAUUUCGGAGGCUGGAGAUAAGCUGGACCUGGUGAUUAGCCGAAACCCCUUGGCACUGGCUGCCAACGCUCCCCCGGAGGGGAACAGAGAGCUGCCAGCGCAGGUGGCCCGCGGCGCCGAGGUCAAGGCGAGCAUCCAGACGCUCUGAGCAGCGGGAGCAAAGCAGACGGUGCCUGGGGCCUCUGCUGAGCUGUUGUGGUAUUUGGGGUGUUUUUCCUGUUUUUUGCACUGGUAUUUGUAAACGCUGUGUAUACCAUAACCUGCAAGUGGGGAGGUGGGUCUUCAGUGAGCCUGUAGACCACCAAAUAUUGCUGGGAAGGUCGGACCUGGAUGCGCAUCUCAGGCCGUGGGCAGUGCCGGUGAUGGAGUGAGCUGCCAAUGGGAGGAAGAAGCAUCCACAGCCAUCCCCCGUGGCAGGGCAUUCCCCCUGCGCCCCGGCCGUCGGGGUGCGUGGGGUCCUGCCUCCGACAUCCCCCUCAGCCUGAAGGCCUUGGCCAUCCUAUAAACAUACAUGGUGCUAUUAUGUUUCUUGUUUGCUCCGUUAAUUGCAUACAGCAAGACUGACACGCCUUUCCUUUUCUGUUGUGCCCAGCUCUAUCCUUUAAACAGUCCUGAUAAAUCGAUUUCUGCAGCCCCUUGCACUCCCGGUGCAGGGCUGUGGAGAGACCUGUUUAAAAGACAUUUCAAAAUGUGCUUGAGAGUGGCUAGAUGCAAUCCUUGUACAAAAAUUGGUAUUUGCAGCUGCCUCCUGCCAGCCCCGUCCACACUCCCCGCCAGGGCUGGCUCGCCCUGCGAUGGGAUAAGGCACCUCGUCUUGCCAUCGAUUCCUGUGAGCAAUGUGGUUACCUGUGCUGGAGUAGUUAUUACAGAGCAGAAGGCCAUACCCAAGGCUAAAGGCCUUGAAUACCUGCCCAAAUCCCCAGCCACCUUGUUUGUCUGGGCUUUAUGGAGAUCUCUUGCUUGCAAACCUGGCUUGUGCCCGCAAGUAAAUAGCAGAAUAGCUAGCUUGCCAGGGCUAUCCCUGAUGUUUUGAAUUAAUAAAACCUUGUUGUCUCCCGUCAGGCAGUGGCAUGAGAAGCCCUUUGUUAGAUGGAGGUUAUGUCCCCCAUGUCCCGCCUGGGCUGGGCGGUGUGUGUGCCCACGUGGGUUCAGCUGCUCGCCCCCGGUCUGCCUGCCUUCGCCUGUUGCUGGCCUCUCCGUGGCUUUGCAAGCAUGAUGCCCCACGGUCGCUCCCCUCCCUCCAAGAGCCUCCAGCCCUGUGGGGAAGAGGGGCUGUGAUGUUUGCAUCUGUUUCCUCAUCUGCCUGCCAUGUUUCACGUAUUAGCACUUUAUGAUGAUGUUCAUGUCCCAGUGGUGGCGUGAGCCUGGCAUCGCGUUCCCUGGGAAGGCUCGGGCAUGGCAGAGACGAGGAGCUCGCUCGGUCGGACACUGCAACCCCAGCACCCACCGCCCCCAUUCCCCGCUCACCCUUUCGGUUCCUCCAUCACCACCUGUGUGCCGGUGGUGCGUGUAGGGUGUCAGAUGGGUGUACAGCAUACGUUGCUUUGCUGAGCCAGGACUCAUCCCCCCCACCGUCUGUCCCCGAGCCACUUUGUGACACUGUCCCUCCGUGAUAGCGCAACGUAUCAGGGUGUUUCUUCCAGACACGUGCCCGGCCCCAUCCAGCUAUUUGUCGUUGUAGCCAUUUUCUCUUCGAGUAUGCAAUAUCCCAUACCAUUGCUGCCACAACUAGAUAAUGUGCCAUAAUUGAUACUGUGGAGCAUUGACAGUGCAGCCGAAAGUGUUUUUAUAUGCAAUAUUCUGAGCAGUGGAAGCUCACUGGGGCUUCUCAUAGGUUUUUAAUGAAGACUUUUAUUAAAGGCUUUAAAAAAAAAGGAAGAAAAACUUGGUCCUUGUAUCCCUUCCUAUGCAUUUUGAAUGAUAUGAAGAUGAAAUGCAUUACUUAAAUGUGUAUUUUUAUCCAUAUAUUAGAGUGUAUUCCUUGUAAAGUAUUUUUAUAUGCUAAUUUUCUUAUGUAUCUAUGAAAGCACAAUAUUUAAAAGUACAGCAUUUCAAAGAAUAUUUUAGUCCUGUUUUGGACCUAUUUGUAAAUCUCUGUAUUUAAAUGGGAUUGCAAUGACACUGACUUUUUUUUUUUAAUUAAAUAAAAGCAAAUGAAAUGCG